UCCGCGGCAGAUUCCAGUCUCUCCGCUGAGCCUUAGCGAGCAGUUGGGUUCUGGAGAAGCAGGAGACGCUGCGGGGUCCGAGUCCUCCUUUAGCGCCACCUCAGCUCGCCUCGUGCCCGGAGCUUUCCUGGAUCUUCCUUCUGCCCCUCCGCUCCGGACUGCGGCUGUGGGCGAAUCAUUCUGCGCCCAACGUUGGCCGCAAUGAUUUCUCCGGCCAUGGAUUGACUUGAGGCUCCUUCGACCCCCCCCACCCCUCCUCCUCCUCCUCCUCCUCCCCCGCGCUGAAGUGAAGACCACGGUCGUCAGAGCCCUCGUGCGUGAACCGACCCGCGGCGGCGCGCGUGCUAUCUCUGCGCAAACUCCCACUCCCGCUGUCCCACCAUCUCCAUGUGUCCUCCUGCGGGUUCCUGUUACCAUCACCGCGGGGAAACGCUCACCCUCCACCGCCGCUCUCCACCCGGGGACCACCGGCGGCUUCAGCCCAGCAGGAUCUAAACUCGGAUUUCUCUCGCUUUAUUAUAUAUUAUUUCUCCUUUUACUACUAGCAUUUUUAUAGAGAGCAGAUAAAGCGCAGAGAGAGAUGGCGGAGCGGCGGGUCCGGCUGCUCCUCUUCCUCGCUCUCCUCACCUUCCUGCGCUCGACCACCGGCACCAAGCACGCGCACACAGGGCUGAACCCGAGACCCUUCGCCGCGUUUGGUUUUGCCGUGGAGCCAGCGGACACCGUAGCCAUCCGCGGUGCGCCGGCUGUGCUCAACUGCUCGGUGCUGGGCGACAUGCCGGCGCGGGUGGAGUGGAAGAAAGACGGAACCUUCCUGAACCUGGCGUCGGAGGAGCGGCGGCAGCUGCUGACUGACGGCUCGCUGCUCAUCACCAACGUGGUACACUCGAAGCACAACAAGCCAGACGAGGGUGUCUACCAAUGCGUGGCAUCCAUCGACAGCCUGGGCAUCAUCAUGAGCCGCACUGCACGCCUGACUGUGGCUAGUCUGCCCAGGUUCUCCAGCCAACCGGCAGCGUCCGUGGUCCACCAGGGGGACAGCGCCGUGAUGAGCUGUGAGGUGAACCCUGACCUGGUGCCCUUCACUCGCUGGGAGCGAAACAAAGAGCCAUUGAUCCUAGACGAGAGGCUCGUCCAGCUGCCCGGUGCCGCCCUGGUCAUCAGCAACGCCACGGAAGCGGAUGCGGGACUGUACCGCUGCGUGGUGGAGAACGUGGGCCCUGCGAAGGCUAGCGAGGAAGCUGAGCUCCAGGUGCUACCAGAGCCGGAGGUGGUGGAGAGGAAGCCGGUGUUUCUCCGGCAGCCGCAGGCCGUGACCAGGACGGCGGGCGAGAACGUGCUGCUGCCCUGCGUGGUGAUGGGAUACCCUACCCCCUCUGUCCGCUGGAUGCUCGGGGACAAGCCUGUACAGGACAGCGAGGGUCGCUUGGAGGUGGUGGGGGGUGGCAGUCUGCAGAUUUUCAACCUCACUGAAAAGGAUGCUGGGAUAUACAGCUGCGUGGCUGACAAUGAGAACGGGACCACGGAGGCGCGGGCGGAGCUCACCGUCCAAGCCCCUCCUCGCUUCCUGAAGAAGCCAUCCAACCUUUACGCCCGGGAAUCCAUGGAUAUCGUCUUCGAGUGUGAGGUCACCGGUUCCCCGCCCCCUACGGUCAAGUGGGUGAAAAACGGAGAUGCCGUCAUACCCAGCGACUACUUCAGAAUCGUCAAGGAGCACAACCUGCAGGUGCUGGGCCUCGUCAAGUCGGACGAGGGCUUCUACCAGUGCAUGGCCGAGAACGACGCGGGGAACGUGCAGGCCGGCGCGCAGCUCGUCAUCCUGGAGCACGAUGUUGCCAUGCCCACUCUCCCGUCCACCUCACUGACCAGUGCCACUGCUGACCGUGUAACGCCAGGCUCCGGCAGCGGAGGAGGAGGCGGUCCUACGCCUUCCGCCCCCCGCGACGUCGUGGCAUCGCUCGUCUCCACCCGCUUCAUCAAGCUGACGUGGCGCCUGCCGGCCGAGCCCCACGGCGACAAUAUCGCCUACUCCGUGUUCUACGGCCUGGAGGGCACCGCCAGGGAGCGCACGGUCAACACGACCCGCCCCGGAGAACUGCAGGUCACCAUCCAGAACCUGAUGCCGGACACCAAGUACGUGUUCCGUGUGGUUGCGCACAACCGCAACGGCCUGGGGGAGAGCUCCACCCCGCUGCGGGUGGCCACUCAGGCUGAAGUCCAAGUGCCGGGGCCAGCACCAGGUCUCCAGGCCGUGUCCGCUUCCCCGACCUCCAUCACGGUCAGCUGGGAGGUUCCGUUGAUGGGCAACGGUGAGAUCCAGAAUUACAAGCUCUACUACAUGGAGAAGGGCAUGGACACUGAACAGGACAUCGACGUGGGGGGUCUCUCCUACACCUUGACCGGGCUCAAGAAGUUCACGGAGUACAGCUUCCGGGUGGUGGCGUACAACCGGCACGGACCGGGGGUGUCCACGGACGACGUGGCUGCGCAGACGCUGUCGGACGUUCCAAGUGCUCCACCUCAGAACCUGACCCUGGAGGUACAGAACUCAAAGAGCAUCAUGGUGAGGUGGCAACCCCCACCGCCAGGCACCCACAAUGGGGAGAUCAUCAGCUACAAGAUCCGCUACAGGAAGGGGCUGAGGAAGAGCGAGGCGACCGAGAUCACGGCCGGUACGCAGCUCUUCCAGCUCAUUGACGGUCUGGAGCGCGGGACCGAGUACGCGUUCCGGGUGUUGGCCAUGACGGUGAACGGCACAGGCCCUGCCACCGACUGGCUCACUGCGGAGACCUUUAAGAGUGACCUGGACGAGACACGUGUGCCGGACAUGCCCAGCUCGCUGCAGGUGCGACCCCUGGUCAACAGCAUCGUGGUGAGCUGGACCCCCCCGGAGAACCAGGACAUCGUGGUGCGCGGCUACACCAUCGGCUACGGCAUCGGCAGCCCGCACGCUCAGACCAUCAAGGUGGACCACAAGCAGCGCUACUACAGCAUCGAGAACCUGGACCCGAGCUCGCACUACGUCAUCACGCUGAAGGCCUUCAACAAUGUGGGAGAGGGGAUCCCGGUGUACGAGAGCGCCAUCACCAGGCCCCAGUCGGACCCCGUAGACCCUGCCGUUGAUUUGUACGAACUGUUCCAUGCUCCAUACACACCAGUUCCCGACCCCACUCCCAUGCUGCCGCCCGUGGGCGUUCAGGCCUCCGUCCUGAGCCACGACACCAUCAAGGUCACCUGGGCGGACAACUCGCUGCCGAAGAACCAGAAGAUAACCGACGCACGCUACUACACGGUCCGCUGGAAGACCAACAUCCCCGCCAACGCCAAGUACAAGAUGGCCAACACCACAAACCUGAGCCACGUGGUGACGGGUCUGAAGCCCAACACCCUGUACGAGUUCUCCGUCAUGGUGACCAAGGGCCGCCGGACGAGCACCUGGAGCAUGACUGCGCACGGGACCACCUUCGAGACCAUUCCCAGCUCGUCUCCCAAAGACGUCACCGUGGUGAGCAAGGAGGAAAGGCCGCGCACCAUCAUUGUCAACUGGCAGCCCCCCACCGAGGCCAACGGCAAAAUCACAGGCUACAUCAUCUACUACAGCACGGACGUGAACGCGGAGGUGCACGACUGGGUCAUCGAGCCCGUGGUGGGCAACCGGCUCACGCACCAGAUCCAGGACCUCACCCUGGACACGACGUACUACUUCAAGAUCCAGGCGCGCAACUCCAAGGGCAUGGGCCCCAUGUCGGAGGCCGUGCACUUCCGCACCCCCAAAGCCGAAUCUUCUGACAAAAUGGCUAAUGACCAAGCCUCGGGAGGACCCGUGAAGCCAGGGAGUCGACCCCCUCCGCAGAACUACGGCUUCGGAUCUCCAGUCGGUAAACCAGGCAUGAGCGGCAGCAGUGACAACCACAUCCUGGUCAUCGUCAUCAUCGUGUCAGUGGGAGCCUUCACCAUAAUCCUGGUGGUGGUGGGGGCCUUUCUGUGCACGCGCCGCACCACCUCCCAGCAGAAGAAAAAGCGAGCGGCGUGCAAGUCCACCAACGGCUCUCACAAGUACAAGGGCAACUCGAAGGACCUGAAGCCUCCGGACCUCUGGAUCCACCACGAGCGGCUGGAGCUCAAGCCCAUGGACAAGUCCCCGGAGCCGAACCCGGUGAUGACGGACACUCCCAUCCCCCGCACGUCGCAGGACAUCACGCCCAUGGACGGCGCCUCGGACAACCCCAUGCAUCAGAGACGCAACUCGUACCGCGGCCACGAGUCUGAGGACAGCUUGUCUACGCUGGCCGGACGCCGGGGGAUGAGGCCCAAAAUGAUGAUGCCCUUUGACACGCAGCCCCCGCAGCCCGUGGUUAGCGCUCACCCCAUCCAUUCCCUCGAUACCCAUCACCACCAUUAUCACUCGGGCAGCCCGGCCUCCUCGGCUCGCAGCUUCCUCCUCCAGCAGCAGGGCGGCGCUCGGCCCACCGCUUCCCCCACCUCCCACCUAGACAGGGCCCGGUCCCAAGAGUCGGUGAGGAACGCGCCCGGCGUGGACGCCCCGCCCCCCCCGGGGCCCCCCGGCUCCUCAGCCGACCGCGCCGAGCCCGACGGCGGCUUCUUGAGCUCCGGGGCCGAGGACGAGCCGGGCUACAACCCCCCCGCGGCGCACGUCCGCCCCUCGCACCCCCUGAAGAGCUUCGCGGUGCCCGCGGUGCUGCCCCACAACCCCCCGUUCGAGAGCCCCGCCCUGCCCAGCACCCCUCUGCUCUCCCAGUCAGGGCUGCCCCCCCCGCUGCACUCGGUGAAGACGGCGGCCAUCAGCACCCUGGGCAGGACCCGCCCCCCCUUGCCCGUCCUGAUGCCCAGCGCCCCGGACAUGGCGGAGGCCGGAAAGAUGCUGGAGGACGCGGAGAGCGCCUAUGAGCCGGAUGAGCUCUCAGAGGAGAUGGCUCACCUGGAGGGCUUGAUGAAGGACCUGAACGCCAUCACCACAGCCUGAGCGCGGCGCUCUGCCGGCGCUUCUAACGGAGGAAGUUGAAAGAAAAGAAGAGGAAACGAAGACACUCAAACUCUCGGCUCACCUCGCUCACUCUCAGGAAGGAGACGGACACUUUCAGCAGUUUAAGCUGUUCACAUGUUUAAAGAUCGCCGACGUUCUGUAGCUCGUCUGCCGGAAGGAUGACUUCACCCGGGAGAUGGUGUCUGCAAAAAGAGUUUCCUCCGCUCGCUCUGGAAACGUUCCAAAAGACACCGUUUUAUAAUUCUACGCAAAAGGAAUAAUUCUGUAAGAAGUAUGUCUGUACUCUCGUUCGUGCUCUUUUGGCACAAGCCCACAGUGUUUGGACAUUUGCAUAGGUGUCAUUUCUUUGUGUUUCCCUUUGUGUUCCAGUGAAGGGACCAUUGCGACUCGUCCCUCUCACAUCCCUCCCCCCCAGCACUCAUUGUCACUGAAUGUCUGCACGGCACCGCCGCCUCCGCCUCCGCCUCCGCCUCUCCUUCCUUUCUCCUCUGUUUGUUUUUAUGCAUUUGCUAUUCAUAUAUGUUAUGUACAUAUGUUUCUAAACUGCCUCGUUAUCUUCCUACCAUAACAAUGUUGGAUGAGAGAGAAAGUGACUCAUUCUCAUUCAGCUCUCACACUCUGGAACAUGCUGUGAUUUUUUUUUCCAAUGUUUCAUGGUGCCAUUCUUCCCUCUUGUUCAUCGUAACGAUACGGUUGCGUUAUGAAGUUCUGUGCAAAGACCAACUGUUUCUGCAACAUCGUUGGACCUGGACCUCAGGAGGUUACUUGAAGGUGGAUGCUGGACCCCAAAUGUCCGUCUCUUAUGGGAUUUACUUCAAAGAGCUGUUAACCCUCUCCCUUCCUCUGUUCUAGGAGCCAGUGCUGGUUGUUGUGUUGCAGCUCGUGGGGUCCCAGCACUGGUGCGUAUGAAAUGGCUAAAAAGCCGAGUGUAGAAACAGAGAGAGAGCUGAAUUAGCAGAGCCAUGGAAAGGACGAGUGAGUGACCUGGAGUCGUAGGAGUUCCCCCUCAUUCAUUCACACCAGGACCGAGCACUUCUGGUGCGGGCUCAAGGGCUCUCAGGUUGAUCUGACUGCGUUCCACGGUUCUGCCCGAGCGCCACUCUGUAGAUUCAAAACGCGCCGCUUCUCUCACCUCCCGAGUCGAGAGCGAAAGGGACUCGAGUCCGAGGCUCCCGUCGGGCAGUUGGUGCUUUUUCUUUAGAAUGGAACUCGCAGAAUUUCAUUUCUGGUUAUUUCACGCGGUUUAAGAUGAAGAAAAAAGUAUGUAAGGAACUCCAAUGUAAAAACAGGAAAAUUAUGUUCAUGUUACUUUACCCAAAGAGAUCAUCACAAUCAUUUUUUGCUCUACUUUUGUGAUUAUCAUGUUUCUCUAUGUAUGUUGUCAUGAAUGUUAAUAUUACUGUAAGGAAUUCUGCUUAUGGGUACAAAAAAAUGUUAGGAAACUUUGAGCAAAGUCGAGCAAAAAAUUACAAAAAGAAAACAGCCCGCUAAGGGAUAAACUAAGUUGUCGUCAAACCUGUAUUGCACUUUUUCCACGUUUUUCAAAAAUACAUUUCUUACAUAUCCUGUGUUAAAAAUGUUAAAGUACGUUUUGUGUAACUUUAGUGUCAUAGGUUUGCAGUUGGCAGCUGGUCUUGAUUUUGGUUCUGUUGUAGCCUCUGAGAUGAAAUGGAGCUGCGGGUCUUGUGUUGCAGAUGAGAAAUUCUGUUGCUUCUGUCUGUACAAAGAACCCUUUUGCUUUCUGUAGAAAAAUCUGUGGCUUUUUUAAGAAAAAGAAAAACAAUGGAGGGGAAAAAAAUACAAAAAUCUUUCAUGUUCUUAUUUUGUAUUGGUGCCCCAAUACAUUUUUUAUUCAACAACUGUCUUUAGUGUCACUUUUCUGGUCUUUGAUGCAUUUGUAUUUCUUAUUCCAGUUAGAAAACUGAAAAUCCAGAGUGCCGGCAUACAGAUAACCAGGCAGGCGCUGCAUUGCUAAGCUUCUGAAAGAAGGUCAAAAGGUGGGAGAACAAAAGUGUUCCUUGAGGGGAUUUUAAAUACAGUUUCCAUUGCAUUUGGGGGCAACGUGGAAGUGAACUGUAGUUCGUCCUCGAUUUAUGAGGGGGUUCCCUUCCCAUGACCCAUUUUAAGAUGCAAAUCCCCGUAAUGAGUUAAGGAUAUAUAACAUGCCAGAAUGGUAUAUUGUGUAGUAGGGCUUUGUGGC